ACGACGGUUUCGUUGCAUUCAGUCGCUGUCAGUGUGAGUUUGCUCAAACCUAAUCACAUUAAUGUCUGAAAGAGACUUGCAAUGUUAACCUUUCCAGGGUCCAGGUGAAUAAUACUUAAACAAUCAGUCCGUUGCUGAACAUCGGGAGCUGAUCUAGAUAGCUAGUUGCCAUAGCUAAUUGUAAGAAGCCGACAAAAUGAUGCGCUUCAUGCUGCUGUUCAGCCGGCAGGGGAAGCUGCGGCUGCAGAAGUGGUACACAGCUACUGCGGAGAAGGACAAGAAGAAGAUGGUACGUGAGCUCAUGCAGGUGGUGCUGGCACGCAAGCCCAAGAUGUGCAGCUUCCUGGAAUGGAGGGACCUCAAGAUCGUCUACAAGAGGUAUGCAAGUCUAUAUUUCUGCUGUGCGGUGGAGGAGCAGGACAACGAACUCAUUACCCUGGAGGUUAUCCACCGCUUCGUUGAGCUGCUGGAUAAGUACUUUGGCAGUGUGUGCGAGCUGGACAUCAUCUUCAACUUUGAGAAGGCUUACUUCAUCCUGGAUGAGUUUCUGAUGGGGGGCGAGAUUCAAGAUACUUCCAAAAAGAGCGUCCUCAAAGCCAUUGAGCAGGCGGACCUUCUUCAAGAGGAGGAUGAGUCUCCAAGAAGUGUACUGGAAGAAAUGGGACUGGCAUAGACACAUUUUAAGCCUUUUUUAAAUAAGGCAAGAAGUUUUGGUACUGUUACCUAGUCGAAGGGUUGAAGUGUGUGUGUGUGUGUAUAUGUGUAUAUGUGUGUGUGUAUAUGUGUAUAUGUGUGUAUGUGUGUGUGUGUGUGUGUGUAUAUGUGUGUGUGUGUGUUGGGGGGGGGAGGCAUGUCAUUUCUCCAGCUCUGACACCACUGAGCGCAACACUGAGCCCCAAUUGUUAAAAUUCACUGUUGAAUAUCCCAUCAUUUUUUUAAAGAUAUUUUAGUACUUGUUUUGUUCAGAUCUCUUAAAAUAUGCUGUUUUGGCUGCUACCCAGAAGGUGUCCAAAAUGAAUUCUAACUGAUGACCCAUAUGAUGAUCACUGAAGUUGUGUGCCAUUUUUUGGGGGAAAAUGGCAACGCACAAUACAGGCUUCUUGUUAAAGCUCUCUGUACAUUGUAUUUGUACUUAAUGAGUCUCAGGUGGGUCUAAAUAUUUUUUUUUCAUCUGGCUCGUCAUUUGAGCCCUGGCAGUAACAGUUGUCAGGGAGACAGUGGAGACUUGUUAGUUGGAUAAUUCAACUUGAAUACCCUAACCAGUUUGGAACUGUUAAAAGGGACUUUUACCCCUUGCUGUUGCUUUUUAUUUUUUUGUACUCAGGUAAUGUGCCUCUCCUGCCAGCUUCUCUUUUGUUCACUCAUAUGGCUCAGUACUUGACAUGCAUCGGUUAUCAGCAAUUGCAUUUCCAGGGGGGCCGCUCAGAUUUGUGACGUUUCUUUGAGUGAGAUCAGCUCAGAGGCAGUCCCAUGUUAUUGUGUGUGGGUGAAGGAAGCGAAUUGGCUUUGCCGUCCAUUAGUGGUAUCCGUGGUUGUGGCAAAUGUUUGCACUGUCCCUCCCCCUCUCCUGGCUCUGUGCUGUGCUCUGAGUCCAACACUUCUUCCCAGAAGGCUCAGUAAGGGACAGAGAGCAGUGUGCCUGGAGAUGAAAUCGGACCAGGGCAGUCAAGGACGUGUUUGCAAAAAAGGGAAAAGUUUUAUUUUAGUUUUCAUAUCUGUUGAAUGCUGUAGAGGACUGGUGGAAAUGACAGGCUGCAGGAGAGGAGAGGUGAUUGGCCAUUACAGUUGCAGUAACUUAAAUUUCAAUUCUGUCAGUUCAGUUUUUUCAAAGGUCAUUUUAUUAAUAUUCGUUGAAUAUUAUGGGAAUCUUUCCAUUCAUGAAUUGCAUUUGAACUAAUUUCCUGAAUUGUCAGAAUUUAAGGGUAAGCACCAUACCAUGACACACCCCACAGAUGUAAGAGCAAUUAUUUUUUAUUGUUGAGGCUUUUCAUGAAAUUAUGCUGAAAUUGUUAGUAUGGCAAAAAAUCUGACAAAAUCAUCGCUGAUGACAGAAACGCUGGAAAAUGCCUGAAGCCACGCCAGGAAAUGACUUCUCUGGUGUCACAUCUGGAACACAAGCAGCUCCGGUAUUAUGCUUUAGGUUGAAAAUAUGACACAAAUGGACAGCAUCAAUAUAUUUGAUCCUGGAUCAAUGGACAGUAUCGAUCAUCAAGACAUUACUGAUCCUGAUACAGCCGCUCAAUACAGCCUUUCAGGUUUUUAUGUUUUUACUUCAGUCCAUAUUCCAGUGUUGGAAGAUUUCCCGGUUUUACUCUGUGAACUUAUCUAGCUAACUCAAUAAUUCUGCUUUGUUAGAUACCCCCUUCGUGGUUUUCGUCUCCAGGUCAUGAGUUUUUUUAUGAAUUGUGCAUUUGUAAAAGUAUCAUUACACAAUGGCUGCUUCCUACUGUACUUGGAGCAAUAUUUGUAACUUAGCUAGCUAAAAGACAACUGCCAGCACUAGACAACACUAGAAACAUGUUAAAUUUGAACUAUAGAAGCUAACUACAGUUUGAGUCAUUUUUCAUCAGAAUGAGGUGAACUAUUCUAAUAAAAUAAAAUAAACGCACUGCCAUGAUUCAAGAGCUCAACUUGUCAGUAACAACAUAGCAUGUUUCGGCCAUUUGUGCACUGGUAUGCAAGUUGUUGCAUCCGAAUAUACGUCUAGUCAUUUUAACUAACAUUACCUUCAGCGGUCAGAGCAGCACAGCAAACAAUGCUGUUAUUAGCUACAAAGCUAAUAACAGUAUCGUACUUCCUCACAAAAUUUCAUAACAUCACAUUUCGAAGUUUGCAUAAAACGAGAGGCGGGGUAAAAACAGUAAGCCAUUGCAUCUUUUAGGGCUUCUAUGUCAAUAAAAUUAUACUUUUAGACAUUGUGAGUCAUAUAACAGGAAAUCUUCUUUUGAUGGGUGUAGUUCAUUUUUGAAAAUAUCUGGUGCUUACCCUUGAAAUUGACUGCAAACCUGCACGUCAUACCUUUUUUAUUUUCUCCCAUGACCCCUAGCCAGUUUCAGGUUCUCUAAAACUGUAGUGGUGUACUUGAACCAAACACUCACCCCAGGGUGAACACAUCAAUCAGUAGUCAUUGCAAUCAAUUUUUAGUUUGAAACAAGGAAGGAAGUGAGUGAGGUCUGGGUAUUAUAACCGCACAUAGAGCACUAAUACACAUCCGCAGGGACAAGUGCACACUCCUCAUCCUGUUUCCUCAUCUUGUUUUCCAGUCAGUCUUUCCAAAGAAAUAUUUAAUGUCUUUAUGCCUGUAUUAGGGGUGAGAGGAAAAACCAAAUUGCCAUCAAGGCACAUAACACUAUUUUACUGCUUGUUUGUGUGUUUGCAAAAUCCUUGACCAGCAUUUAAAAGGGUCCUCUGGAGUUAUUGUGAAUACAGUCCCAAUUUUAAGGGCUCAGAGUGAUAAUGGGUUUUUCUGUGAAUGAUUUGGCAGAGUUGGGAGGUUAGCACAAGGAUGUGCAGGAACCUAAAGGGAGGGAUAUGUGAAUGUCAUUUUGUAAUGAAAUAAAAUCGAAGACAAAAGCAGAAA